AUGUCUCUAAGGGUAUAUCCUUCCCCAUCUACAGCAUUUUCAGCAGAUUUAUCGUCUGGUGGUGUAGCGAGAUCGGGAUUGGGGGAUUGGAGAUUUGUAAGGGAGGUGGAGAGGGUAGGAGAAGAGAGGGAGGAAGAGUUGGGGAGAGGGGCAGAAGGGAAAGACGAAGAGGAGGAGGAGAGAGAGGAAGUAGAGGCAGGGAGGGUAGAUGAGUGGGAAGAAGAGGAGGGGAGGAGGGGAUCAGUCUGGGUAGGCGCGGGGCUGCCAACUUCGGUUGACUGUGGUCGAGCAGUCUCUCGAUCAGAGAUAGCUGGUGUGGCCUGGACAUCAGGAGAGAUAAUCUCAUUGGGUUUAUUUAUCUGUGAGUUUGUUGAAGUAACUGAGAAAGACUACAGAAUAUCAGCCUGA